GUGCCAUUUUGAAGGGAAGUUCAAAGCACCAGAGCUGGCGAACAUCCCUUGAACUCGUCGACCAAGUCCAUCUCUUCCCGCAGUUUCUCUGUUAAAGGGAAGCAAAGAAGAAAGAUUUGCCGAAACCGGGCUUUUGUUUAUUUUCGAGGACUUACCUGAUUGAUUUACCAAACUCAACAAGUUUGGCAGUGCCUGUGAUUUAUCUUCCUGCGAUUAGAAGUACCCCAGUUCCCACGCCAGUUUUUCCAUACUGAAAGCGAUCGGGUUGGCUUGACCAUUGCCUUAAUAAUUCAACCUUCAUUAAAAGAAUUCAUGGAAACGUAACACACUUCUCUUGCGUGCAGUAGUCGGGUGCAAGAUUCCUUUGAAUAUUCAGAAGUAAUCUCCUUUGAAUUUUCAUGCAAAAUUUCCACAUUAGAAGACCAACGGUGAGAGAGUUCCUCUGCCAUUUCUCCCUGGAUCAAGUAGUAGUUCUGCUACUUCCAUAGGCUAUUCUUAAGGAGAAAAAAAAAAGGGUUCUUGAUGUGAUUGGAACCAUCAGGUUUUUCUCCUGCUCUUCAUGUUUUGCAGCUUUCUCUUUGCUGAGUGAAUUCUCAGAACAUGAAUUGGCUAGAAAGUUCAGAAAAUUUCUGGGAAGCCAUGGCUGAAGAUGAUAUCUAUACAAAAGAUGGGACAGUGGAUUACAAAGGAAAUCCUGCAAAUAAAAGCAAAACUGGAACCUGGAGGGCAUGCCCCUUUAUUAUAGGAAAUGAAUUUUGUGAAAGAUUAGCAUACUAUGGGAUGAGCACCAACCUGAUUGUUUAUUUCACGCAUCAACUAAACCAGCAUAGUUCUGUUGCAACAAGAAAUAAUCAAAACUGGAGUGGAACAUGCUACAUCACACCGUUCAUUGGAGCAUUUCUGGCCGAUUCCUAUCUGGGAAGAUUUUGGACAAUUUUCUGGUUCUCAAUCAUUUAUGUCUCUGGAAUGUCCCUUCUGGCACUGUCUGCGUCAGUUCAUGGAAUAAAGCCAAGAUGUUACACAGAUGAUAGUUGCAAUCCAACAAAGACACAAAGUGCAGUUUGCUUUAUAGCGCUGUACCUGAUUGCACUGGGAACAGGAGGAAUUAAGCCUUGCGUCUCAUCAUACGGUGCAGAUCAGUUUGAUGACACUGAUGAGGCUGAGAAGAAACACAAGAGUUCAUUCUUCAACUGGUUCUAUUUUUCAAUAAAUGUUGGUUCUCUUAUUGCUGGUUCUGUGCUGGUCUGGGUACAGGAUAAUUACCGAGUUGCAGUGCCUAUUGAUAAGUCUCGUCUGCAUGAAACUGCAGAUGCAGAGUCCGAUAUCAAAGGAAGCCGCAAGAUUGAACACACAAAAAACUUAAGUUUCUUUGACAAGGCAGCUGUACAGACUCAAUCGGACUACAUAAGGGGCUCACUGAGCCCAUGGAGACUCUGCACAGUUACACAAGUUGAGGAGCUAAAAACUAUCAUUCGACUGCUUCCCAUAUGGGCCACUGGGAUCAUCUUCGCGACUGUGUACAGUCAGAUGGGCAGCUUAUUUGUGUUGCAAGGUGAAAGAAUGGACACUCAUGUUGGUAAAUCUACCUUCAGCAUCCCAGCAGCAUCACUUUCCAUCUUUGACACCCUUAGCGUCAUCUUCUGGAUCCCUGUCUAUGACCGAAUCAUAGUUCCGGUGGCAAGAAAAUUCACAGGUCACAAGAGUGGCAUAACUCAACUACAGCGGAUCGGCAUCGGUCUCUUCAUAUCCAUAUUUUCCAUGGUUGCUGCUGCAAUUUUGGAGCUAGUCAGGCUCCGAGAAGUUAGAAGGCAUAACUACUACGAACUCAAGGAAAUGCCCAUGUCCAUAUUUUGGCAAGUCCCACAAUACUUUCUCAUAGGGUGCGCAGAGGUUUUUACCUUCAUCGGACAGCUGGAAUUUUUCUAUGAGCAAGCACCUGAUGCCAUGAGAAGCUUCUGCUCUGCUCUGCAACUCACCACUGUUGCACUUGGAAACUACCUAAGCUCUCUUCUUGUGACUAUUGUUACUAGUGUGAGCACCAGGAAUGGAAAGGUAGGAUGGAUACCUGACAACUUAAACUAUGGCCACCUCCAUUACUUCUUCUGGCUCUUGACAGUGCUGAGUGUGCUGAAUUUAGGCGUUUUUAUCUUGAUUGCUAAGUGGUACACAUAUAAAACACCAGUGGGGACACUUCGCUGAACCUACAUUAACUCCCAACUUUGCUUUGCCGAAGCAACUGCAAAUGGCCAAAAUACCUUCCAUGAUUCCAUCUGCUUAAGGAGUACCAUUUCCAUCAUUAAUGUAUGAAAUAUAUAAAGUUAUUGUUGCUUUUUCUAUUGUAUGAAAAAUAAAAUGCAAGUGGAAAAAGAUAACCCACAAGAUGUCACAUACAUACUCAAAUAUAAUUGGAUGGUUUCA